AAUAUUAAUAACGAAGCUUCACCAUAGUACUAUUCGCAGUCGGCUAGUAGGAGAAACGAGAGCUCAUACUGGAGACGGCAAGUGCUUGGUAUCUGUUGUUAAAACGUACCGCGUAUAUAUCCUGAGUUAUUGAAAUGGAAAAACCAACACGGGCGCCUUAAAUUGUCGUUGGAAAGCUCAACGAGCCUCCUCCUUGUCCUCGAGCCGAAAGUGCCACUACCCUCAUGGAAGACAAGAGGAAGAAAAGGAGUCCCAAAGUGUCCCUUCCCCAGCCCCCUCCUCCACCAAUCAACCCCCGAAAGCUCUCCGUUCUCCCAGGGAGUAAAAGCGCCACAUUUUCAUUGGGUUUACCCCAGCCCCCCUCCCCAAAACCCAGGGGCAAGUGUAAGAGAUCGGUGGGGGCAAUGGGUCCGUCUAAAGAAGCUCUUGCUGUUCCUGUGGUUCCCCCCAAAAACACAAGGCCUCACAGAGAGAAACCCAGAGCUCCUCAGCCUGCCGGACCCAGCCGCGUAUCCCAGUCCUCCUCACCACUCCAGCACUCAUUCCUCACCGACGUCUCUGAUGUGAGAGAGAUGGAGGGAGGACUGCUCAACCUGCUCAAUGACUUUCACUCUGGAAAACUACAGGCUUUUGGUAAGGUGUGCUCCUUUGAGCAACUAGAGCAUGUGAGAGAGAUGCAGGAACGUCUGGCUCGGCUGCAUUUCAGUCUGGACAGUCAUGUGGAGGAGCUGUCUGAAGACCAGAGAAAAACCGCUUCGGACCGCAAUCUAGAACACUUGCUUUCUAAUCUGGAAGAAUUGAGCAGCUCAAUACAGAAACUCCACCUGGCAGAAAAUCAAGACUUACCCAAGACCUCCAGCACCUGAAGCGGGACACAAAACCCAGCUGACCAUCAAAGCACUGUGCCGACCAAUGCCCAAGAUGCCAUGGCUACAACUCAACUGCAAGUUAAUGAAGCACCAUCAUCGUGAUCUGUGUCUAAUGCAAUGCUAAGUGACGGCAGCAGCAUCAAAGCACAUUCUCCAUGUGAACGAAAUUCAACUCCAAAAAGGGCACUUCUUGUUUUCCAAAUGUUUUGAUCUUAGCAUUUACAUUUAAAUAUUUCCAAUUUUGAGUCUGAAAGCUAAAUUGCAUCCUCUUUGUUACAGUGUUUAAGUGGUUUAUCUGGAUAAAUAAUAAUUGUUCUUAAUUUAGGGUUUGCAUGAGUUGAUUUUAAAGGUUCAUUCAUCACAGGUAAAAAGAAAUUGAGAUCUAGAAUUUUAGAUCAACAAUGUCAGAAGUGAAUGAGAAGAUGAAGAUUUACGUUAUUAGUCAAUCAUCAUAACACAAUUAAUUUUAGUUCAUCAGUGUUCUCUGGAAAGAUGUUGUAAAUGGCUGUGGAGUAGCUAUAAACUCUCAGGACUGUUUGAAAUCAGUGAUCUUAGUGCCUCUUCUCAGUGUCUAGAUUACAUUGAUUGUUUCACUGUACGGUUUUCAUGAGACGCUACAUGAUGGAACUGGAUCUUUUUGUAGAUGUUUGCACAUUAAAAUAGACGUACACUUAUUUAAAAUAAUAUGUUAUAUACACUGUUUGUAAACUAGAGUUUUAAAUAGCUAUUUAAUGUUGAUCUAGGAACAUUUAUGAUAGGAGUUGUUUGUUAUUCAUGAUGGCACUGAUUAAAAUGUACAGUAUUUGUGUGUUAUCUUUGCAAAACUAAAGCGAGAAC